AUGGCCUUUCGUCGUGAGGUCUUGCCACUGGAUAAACUAGUGCUCAAGUUUAUCGCCAAGACACCUCGUCAAUCGAGUGUAAUCCUCAAUGAGCAAACACUAGAGCGUGCACAUCGUAUUAUUCAUCCUAGUAAGUCGCGGACACAUAAAGCCAAACAAGAGGUGAUUCGUGCCCUGUUACGUGGUGGACGUUUAGGUGAUGAUACACUUCCUGUGAGUUUCUUUGAUUCAAGCAUGACACGAAUUGAGAUCAUUGGCGCAAAAAUCUCGACAAUUUUUAUUGAAAUGCUGGCUACUACCUGUCCUAAUAUGCAUUCAGUCAAUUUUUCUGGAUGUUUUCGACUCACGGACGAUGCAAUUGAAAUGUUGUUGAAAUAUUGUCCAGAUAUCAAAGACUUGAACCUUGAGAAUUGUCGCAAAUUAACGGACCUCACGCUAGAUCAUUUGCGUAAAUUUGCACCAAGAUUACAGAGCUUUGAUAUCAGUGGUAAUUUCAAUAUGACAAUAGCAGGCAUUACGAAACUUAUUGAGAAACAUCCGAAUCAUUCCAAGUUUACAAAAGUUCAUAUUUCUGGUCAUGCUGUUACGGAUCAAACCAUCAAGACCAUCACGGCCAAAUGUCGAAAGCUCCAUAGCUUGAGUGCUGGAUAUUGUGCGAUCACGGAUGAGGCGUUAAUUGCGCUGCUGAAAAAACGCGAAUCUGUAUCACGCUUGUAUUUGCACUGGAAUGUUGCAAUCACUGAUCAAUUCUUACGUUUUCUUGGAUCGGAAGCUCGAAACUUGCAGGAACUAAAUUUGUGCGGCGUGAAAAGUGUUUCGGCUGACUCAAUUGUAGCUGCUAUCCAUGCAAAAAUGGGUGCUCGAAACGACAUGCUCGAUUCUACACUAUCGUUGCCUUCCGAUGAUAAUCCUGAACCGGAGCGAAAGCGUCUCAAGAAGAUUGAUUUUCGUUACACAACUGUUACGAAGGAAGCUGCUGCAGCUGUAAAGGAGUGGUAUCCUGAGCUUCAAGUCACGUUCUGA